AUGGUCUCCUCGCGUUCCUUCCACUCGCUGGAAAGCCUCUCCCUGGCGGAUCGAGUGCUUUUCAACCAGUUCAGCAGGGGCCCCAGUGAUGUGAUCCCCUACCACGUCGUCCACCACGCCUUCGAGUCCAUCGCCGCGGCGCAUCCCGACGUCACCGCCGUCCGACACUACGAUGGCACGACAAUCACAUACCGCGAGCUCAACCGCCGCGCCAACAUCCUCGCCAACGAGCUGCGGGGCACCCACGGCCUCAGGAAGGGAGACCGCGUCGUGCUCGUCCACUCGCGCUGCAUCGAGAUGGUCGUCUUCAUCCUCGCCGUCCUCAAGGCCGGCGGCCAGUACGUCCCCCUCGACGGCGGCAUCAUCCCGGAAGACACCCUCGGCUACGACAUUGCCGACUCCAGCGCCCCCGUCGUGCUGUGCCUGCCCAAGUUCAGGGAGAAGGUCCUGCGCAGCAUACCUGACGACCGGCGAGAUGUGGUGAGAGUCGUCGACCUCGACGCGAACAGCUGGCUGUGGAAGCACGGCAACGCGGGCCACCCCGGCGUGAUCGUCAAGCCCGAGGACGGUGCCUACGUGAUCUACACCUCGGGCACCACCGGCCGCCCCAAGGGCGUGGAUGUGAGACACGAGGGCGUUACCAACACCCUUCUAGCGGAGCCGUCGAAGCUGGGCAUUCGUGUGGGAAAGAAUGUGGCGCAACAGUUGAACGUCGGUUUCGAUAUGUGCGCAUGGGAGAUUCUGGGAACAAUGAUGAACGGCGGAACCCUGCACAUCAGGGGCAGCGGCAACGACCUCUGGACGGACUGCUUGCAGCGCGUCGACACUGUCAUCGCGACACCGUCAGUCGUCCUCAAGCACAUGCCCAACCGCGAGGACUUCCCCAACAUCAGGACCAUCGCCGUCGGCGGCGAGCCCUGCCCGUUGGCGCUCGCCGAACAAUGGGCGCCCUACAUCAAGUUCUGGAACGUCUGCGGCCCGACCGAGAUCAGCAUCCUCAACACGGCGCACCUCCACAAGCCCGGCAAGACGCUGUCUAUCGGCAAACCCAACCCAAACACCAACGUCUACGUCCUCGACGAGAAUGAGAACCCCGUCCCCAUCGGCCAGCCGGGUGUCAUGUGGGCCGGCGGUCCAGGCGUGUCCAGAGGCUAUCUCAACCUGCCCGAGCUAACCUCUCAGAGAUAUAAGCUGGACAAGUUCACUCAAGACGGGUUUGUCCAAUUCCCUCUCUCCUCCCACCGUACCGACGACCCGGCCGAGAACGCGCCACUGACAUAUAAAACUCACAGUCGUAUGAUGUUCAACACCGGCGACCUGGCCCGUUGGCUGGAGGACGGCAGUCUCGAGCCCCUCGGCCGCAAGGACGACCAGGUCAAGAUUUCCGGUUUCCGCGUCGAGCUCGACGGCGUCUCCCGCGCCAUUGAGAAGCACUCUGCCGUCACCAAGGGCUGCGCGCUCAAGAUCGAGGGCCGCCUCUGGGGCUUCUACUCCGCCGCCGCUCCGAUCGACGAGGCCGAGCUCAAGACGAUCGUCGGCGAGGGCCAGCCUUUCUACGCUGUCCCAACGGUCUGGAAGUAUCUUCCGGUCAUUGAGCUCACCCCCAACGGCAAGGUCGACAAGCGCGUGCUCCGGGAUAUCGCUGGCGGUGCCACUCCUUCUCCUCCUCUCCCUCCCAUCUCCACCUCCAUGUCCACGCCCCAGACCGGCUCCUCCGCCUCUUCCAUCAGGACCGAGGUGGCAUCUCCAACAAAGAGCGAAUCUGGCUGCACGCUCGUCGACUCUCGUAACUUCACCGUCAUCCCUUCCCAUGGCAGCGACCCAGACCUCGAGAAGACUGCCGCCUUCGUGGAGGAAGAGGCAGAGAAGCAGGAAGACUACGAGCUCCCCUCCAAGAACGGCUUCCAUGGCUGGCGCUGGAUCCGCCAUCGCGGCCUGAACGCCUACCGCAAGCUGUUCGGCGUCGUCUUCCUUGCCAAUCUGGCCACCUUUGUCUUCCUCCUGUGGGACGCCCGCGAGAACAACUUCUCCCUGCCCCUAAACCCCCUCGCCACGGCCGUCGCCGCCAACCUCCUCGGCGCCGUCCUCCUCCGCCAGGACUACGUCGUCAACUUCAUCUUCUGGCUUUGCUCCCGCGUCCCGACCUCCGUGCCGCUCUCUAUUCGCCGUCACUUCGCCCGCGUCUACCACAACGGCGGCGUCCACUCCGGCUGCGCCGUCUCCGCCACCGUCUGGUGGGUCAUCUUCACCGGCGCAGCCACGGGCAACUUCCUCGCCUCGAACCCGCUCCACUCCGUCUCCCUCAUCACCCUCGUCCUCACCUACCUCAUCCUCCUCCUCCUCGUCGCCAUCCUCGUCAUGGCGUACCCCUCCAUCCGCGGCAAGAUGCACGACCAGUUUGAAUGGACGCACCGCUUCGCAGGCUGGUCCGCCCUCGCCCUCGUCUGGGCCCACGUCGUCGCCACCGCCGCCUCCUCCGCCUCGCCCACGGCCCCCCUCGGCGCCACCCUCGCAAAGACGCCCGCCCUCUACCUCGUCGCCCUCACGACCCUCAGCAUCGCCCUCCCCUGGAUGCGCCUCCGCCGCGUCAAGGUCGUCCCGGAGCCCCUCUCCAAGCACGCCGUCCGCCUGCACUUCGACUUCACCACCCCGGGCCCCUGCACCUCGCGCGGCGUGCGCAUCACCGACCGCCCCAUGGUCGAGUGGCACGCCUUCGCCGCCAUCCCCGAGCCCGACGGCCCGGGAUUCUCCAUCGUCGUCUCCAAGGCCGGCGACUGGACCAAGCGCAUCAUCGAGAACCCGCCCACCUCCAUCUGGACCCGCGGCACCCCGGCCUCGGGCGUCCUCGCCGUCGCGCCCCUCUUCAAGAAGAUGGUCCUCGUCGCCACCGGCUCCGGCAUCGGGCCCUGCCUGCCCGUCCUCAUGGAGCGCCGCGUCCCCGCGCGCGUGGUGUGGUCCACCAAGAACCCGCUCAAGACGUACGGCCAGGGCAUCAUGGACACUAUCCUCAAGGCGGACCCGGACGCGCUCAUCUGGGACACGGACCAGCUCGGCCGCCCGAACCUCGUGCAGCUUGCGUACAAUGUGUACAAGGAGAGUGGCGCCGAGUGCGUCGCGAUUAUAUCGAACGGGCCCACGACGAAUAAGUUUGUGUACCAGAUGGAGAGCAGGGGUAUUCCUGCGUUUGGGCCCAUUUGGGAUUCUUAA